AUGAAGCUCAUUUCUGCAACAGGCCUGGCUCUCUUCGUCAGCUUCGGCUUCUCUCUACCUUCAAUGAUGAAGACUACCUGCCAAUUGGGCAGCAUUGGGCCUGCCAAUGCGGGAAAUGCAGCCUGUAGCGCUUCUUGUUUUGUUCAGCACGGCAACAUCCACGGUGGACACUGCAAUGAAAACGCUGUGUGCGUUUGCAACUAG